CGGCCUCCAGCCCCUCGUGGGAAACCUUCCCUGGCUUCCGGGUCCACGCGGCGAGGGAACUGCGGAACCUAAAUUGGUAAUAAAUCAAUAAGAAACAAAUGUUUACAUUCACUCAGUGAAAAGUAUCAUGUCUAAGCUCAACAUAUAUCGGAGCCACACAUGGACACCUCUCCCUCCUUCACUAAGAGCAGAAAAUGAACAGAUCCCAGGAACAAGUGUCAUUCAAAGAUGUAUGUGUGGACUUCACUCAGGAAGAGUGGUAUCUGCUGGAUCCUGCUCAGAAGAUACUAUACAGAGAUGUGAUUCUAGAAAAUUACAGCCAUUUUGUCUCAGUAGGAUAUUGCAUUACUAAGCCAGAAGUGGUCUUCAAGAUAGAGCAAGGAGAAGAGCCCUGGAUAUUAGAGGCAGGAUUCCCAAGCCACUGCCAUCAAGAAGACUGGAAAGUUGAUGACCUGAUAGAGAGCAGCCAGGACAAUGAAGAUGAACAUUUUUGGCAACUUGCUUUCACCACCAACAGAACGUUAAAUGUAGAUAGUGGUGAUAGAGUAAGAAAAGCUUUCAGUCUGGGCACAGAUUCUGUUCCUUCAAGAAAUUUUCCAUAUAAGAUAUGUGACUCGUGUGAAAUGAGUUUGAAAAAUAUUUCAGGCUUAAUUAUUAGUAGAAAGAGCUAUUCUGGGAAGAAGCCUGAUGAGUUUAAUGUAUAUGAGAAAUUGCUCCUUGAUAUUAAGCAUGAGAAAACACCUCCUGGAGGGAAAUGUUAUAAAUAUAAUCAAAAAAGGAAUGUGCUCAAUCAUAGCCAUGACCUCAGUCAGCCAAUUUUUGACCUGCCUUCUGAGUAUAAUGAAAACGGACAAACCUUCCAUGAGGAAGCGGCCUUUUUCACAAACAAGAAAAUACAGAUAGGAGAGACGCUCUGUAAAUAUAAUGCAUGUGGAAGAACCUUCAUCCACAGUUUAGAACUCAGUUUAUCUCAGAGAACUCAUUUGGAGAUGGAGCCAUAUGAAUGCAAUAUUUGUGGGAAGUCCUUCUAUACAGAUUUAAGAUUGGGACAUCAGAGAACUCUUACAGGAGAGACUCCUUAUGAAUACAAUGAAUAUGGGCAAACCUUCUGUGAUAACUCAACUUUCAUUAUCCAUCAGGGAACCUAUACAAGAAAGAUUCCCCAUGAAUAUAAAGUAGGUCCUAAAACGUGGGAAAAGUCAACCCUCUUUAAACGUCAGAUAGUACACAUGGGCAAAAAACCUUAUGAGCACAAUGAAAAUGGAAAUAACUUCAACAAGAAGUCACAUCUCACCCAGCUUCGAAGAGGUCACUCAGGAGAAAAAACCUUUGAAUGUGGUGAAUGUGGGAAAACAUUCUGGGAGAAGUCAAACCUCACUCAACAUCAAAGAACACACACAGGAGAGAAACCCUAUGAAUGUACGGAAUGUGGGAAAUCCUUUUGUCAGAAACCACACCUUACCAACCAUCAGCGAACACAUACAGGAGAAAAACCCUAUGAAUGUAAGCAAUGUGGAAAAACGUUCUGUGUAAAGUCAAACCUCACGGAACAUCAGAGAACACACACAGGGGAGAAACCAUACGAAUGUAAUACAUGUGGGAAAUCCUUCUGCCACAGGUCAGCCCUAACUGUCCAUCAGAGAACACACACAGGAGAGAAACCCUUUAUGUGUAACGAAUGUGGGAAGUCCUUCUGUGUGAAGUCAAACCUCAUUGUUCAUCAAAGAACUCACACAGGGGAGAAACCCUAUAAAUGUAACGAGUGUGGGAAAACCUUCUGUGAAAAAUCAGCUCUCACUAAACAUCAGAGAACUCACACAGGAGAGAAGCCCUAUGAGUGUGAUGGAUGUGGGAAAACCUUCAGUCAGAGGUCGGUACUCACAAAACAUCAGAGAAUUCACACAAGGGUGAAAGCUCUCUCAACAUCCUGAUGUCCAGAAGCCUUCACGUGCCCUUUCAAAUUCUUACACCAUUUUUAAAAAUGAGAUGAAUGAAGCCCAAAGAAUGCCUCACGUUACUAGAAAGCGAUGUCUUAUCGUAUUUCAGAUAAUUAAUACUAGCAUAAAACUUUACUGAUAUUUUGAAUAUGUGAAAGCUCUCAAGAAAAACUGAAACUUUUCAUCAGAAAAUUUAUACUGAGGGGAAAUUUAUUCACUUAAAGAAUGUGGUAGAAAUCUUUGUCUAGAAUUUGUUGUGUCAUAUUCCAGACGUGAUACCAAAUUUUAUUGUAAAUAUAGUGGAUGGUAUUCAUUCAUACCCAUAUUCACAGUGGAAUCUGAAGCUUAAAAAAAGUUGAAUCGCAACAACAUUAAACAUUCAUGAAGAGUCCCUGAUGUUUGAAGGCCUGAUGUGGGUAUAGUAAUAUAGCAGAAGUUAGAGGUAUGCUUGAUUUGCAUAUUGGAGUCCAACAUACUUGUGAAGAGAAAAUAUCCCUUAAUUAAAUAGCUAUUAUGGUCUAUAUUUAUAUCACCCACACUAAAUACCACCAGUGUCUUUAUAGGUUGAUAUAAUUAUAUAUGUAUAUAUAUGUAUAUGUAAAUGUAUUUAUACACAUGUACCCACAUGUACGCAGUGGUGUGUUAGAGUAAGCUCACACUGGCUUGCAGCUGCCGAUGGUUAAAUUUUCGGGAAUUUUGUGAGCCAGUUGUUAAACAUAGUUAUUAUUUAAAAAUUAAAUUAUAUUAAAAAGGUAAUAAAUACUCACACUCAUCACUUCUUAAUUACUUUAUAGCAUUUUGCUCUUUGUUCUUUAGGUCACUUAUAUUAUCAAGUCACAUGGUAAAAAUACCAUCUAAUGUGCUACUGCACAUCUCUUCCCACCUCUGCACUCAGUGUCGUACUUCUGGUAGCUUGGCUUUAGUGGGAGCAUUUAUGCCCUGGAAAUUGGCAAACUCUACAAACCGGGGUUUUUAUUUUCUCAGAGAACCUGUUGUCAAAUACUUACCAGCACACCACUGUGUAUAUAUGAAAAUAUAUCUGGACAGUUUAAAGUACAAACUACAUACCCCCUCUCCCAUUUCCUGACAUAAACAAAUGGCUAUGGCCAUUAUUGCUGAACUGCCUCUUCAGUAAAGAACCCCAAAUUUGUUUUUGUGAGGUUUCUUAACUACCUCUGCACCAGUCUUAAUUGUAAAUACUACCUGAGUCUCUUUAUCGUUUGGCUGGUAUAUGUUAUUUUACAACCACAUCACCAACCUUCCCUCUGAUGUUGCUGGCAAAUAGGAAUUAGUAUGGCCAUUGUUACUGAUCUACUACUACUUCCCAAAGAAGCCAAAUAAUAUUUUUCUGAGGUUUUUCAGCUGCCUCUGGGUCAGUCCUAUAAUGUUGUAAGUGCUGUUAAUAACGGGGUUUAAAUGAAUUUUGCAAAGGUUAACAUCAUUUAUGAACAGGAAUACUCACUGCACUCCACAAAUAAAAAAUAGUGGUAUGUACUCGAAUGCCACUUUCUUACUCUUGGUAUUUCAUUGUUGUAUCUAUUUAGGCAUGAUCUGUUGUACGUGCCCCAGGAACUAUGUAUUCGUAUUUAAAAUAAUAGGAUGUCAUACACUGUCCCUGCCUCCUUUGUCCUACUGUUUUCCCACACCUCCUUGGAACACACUGAUGAGCAGUUCCAAGAGACAUUGCCCACCCACUACUCUGCUUCUUACUUGCUGGGCUCUGUUUUGUCUCUCUUUCCAUUCUUCCCCCAGAUGAUUUAGGAGUAAAUACAGAUUAAUCUAAGUUAAUCGUGGAGAUGCUAUUCUAGUGAUUCUGUUGAGAUGUUUGGAAAAUAUUCUGCGGUACUUCUGGGAAAGAUCUCAGUGAUAAACUAUUGUAACAUGAGAAGACACAAGGAGAGAUUGUCUCUCUUAUGCUGGACUUUUUCAUGUAUGUAUGUUAUACCAAAUUAUAGCUUGUGGCCCUGAAGGGCAAUAGCUUGAAGAUAACAGUAGACAAAAUGGGAAAAGCCUGGCUCAGACGUCAUUGAGCUGCACAACUCCAUCUGGACCUGUUCUCGGCUAGGACUUUCUGUUACUGUGGUAAUAAUAGUUGCUUAUUUAUCCUUAAGGCUAUCUGUUACUUCUAGCUGAAGGCAUUCCAGCUGGUACAGACGAGUACUUAGUUCUAAGUAUUCAUGUUCUAUACAGUGAUUUGGGGGAAGAAUGACUUCUUUUGACAAGUUAAUACGAGGAUAGCUUUUGUAUCAGCCCUGCUUCUAAUGAAAAACAGAAUUCUACCCCAACCAAGAGGAUUGUAAUGGUAGACGUAUUACAGUGGUGUGGGCCAGAAACAAGGGAUACUGAAGCACCUAGAGACUAGCAUCACCCAGAAGCCGUGACCAUUCUAAGUCAUAAAGGGGCAAAGGAUGGAAAGAAACUAGUGUCACCAGAGCCCAGUAAGAGCUGCUCUCAUGGAGGAGAGACCAUCUCCGAGGGGAUAUUGUCCCCACCAGCAUUGUGGCACCGAAUUGCUGGUGCCUCCCUUUGGAGAACCCAACCAGAUGCGAUCUGCAGGUUAGCCCAGGUGGGCACAGAGAAAGCGGAGAGAAGGUCUAGGUGGAGCCAAUGGAUAAUCAGCACGGUGUUUUUUUUUAUUUCUGUAAACUCCUAUGUAAAGUCUCAGUAUUAGAAAUAAACUUAUUCUACUAGUUGAAAGUUAAGUAUUUCUACUUCAUUGUGCUUUUGUAUUGUCACAAGUAAAUUCCUUUUGGAAGUGAGCACUGUGGCAGGUAUGUCUGUUGACAUGCAUGAAGCAGACAUUAUGUUAAAUGACAUUUUUCAUAUGUCCCUGUGUGGUGUUUCUUGUUACAUGUGUUGUGAGAUAAGCAGCUCUGUAUUCUUCCAAAUAAAUAGCCAGUUGUCCCUGCGUGGUUU